GUAAGUUGGUUCUGUGCUAGGUCGGGAUUGACAUCUGAUGGACAUUUAGCUUUUCCCGGUAAUACUGAUGGCAUGAAAGAGAAAAAAAUCAAAUUGGACAAAAUUCAAGAUGACAUAGCUGCAGGGACAUGGAAGCCAACUGGACGACAUGAUAUUUUGACUGAGGUUGUAGGGAAACCUGACUAUCCUGGCCGUGCACGUGGCAUUGGUGGUGGUGUGGGUUAUACUCGAGUGUUUGCAGCAGAGCGUAGAGGUGGACGGCGCGAUAAAGUGGGUAAUUUGAGUGAGGACGAUUUGAAAAAGUUGCAAGAAAGAUGGUUGAAAGAUAUGCAUCACUACUUUGUUCCUAGAGGUGAACAACCUACCAUGGGAUCAACGCAAGCUUCUGAGUCAGGUCAAGUUGAUACAAUGAACUCCACAGCUGAUAUUCCACAUAAAUCUUUCAUUGAUGGUGCAAAUUGUAGGCUGGCUGUUGAGUCACAAACUGUUAGUGGUGAUAUGAGCUUGGAUUAUGUGGCCGUAGCUGUAGCUUACAACACACCAGUUGUCUCGAUUUCUUGAGGGGGACUCGCUUGAGAUUUGUAUCAUUCAGACUUUCUUGCUUUGUUUAAAAGAAAAGUUAGUUGAGCUUGGCCGUGACGACAUUGGCUUUUUGUGCCCUCACCUGUGCUGUUUUGAACAUUAUAAACUGGACAAGAAGGGCACAAUGACUUACUUGAAACAUGCUUUGAUAAAGUCCUUUGAAAAGUCAUUCAUUUUUCUUCCAUACCAUGAAGG